AUGGUGGCUUUCGCAGAAGGCUUGAUAGAAUCUUGUAUCCAUAGUGUUCCGGAAUAUUGGCCAUUGAUGGCAACGUGGAUUACUGUUGCUGUCUUCAGUGCCUCUGACUUUGAUUUUUGUUUUUUAACAUCUGAAUCGGCGGAGUCUGCAAUUUUGAUUCCCUUAGAGCGCAUAAAAACCGCGUUUCCAAUGUGGCUUGUAUAUCGUUGGCGUUCAGGGCCAGAGGUAGGCUCAACCGUGGCAGAGACACCCUUACCAACCAUAGCUUCAAAAUCAACCACAGCACCAUCAAGGGGCCCAUCGUCUGAUAUCCCUGAUUCAGACUUGGCUUUUGAAACUAUGGUUUUGCCAAUAGGGUGUUCGCUCGUCAUUUCGGUCAAUCCGACAAUAAGCCACCAUAGCUGGCGCCGCCAUUCGUUUGUAGACCAUGUAGGUUCCAUUUUGACCUCUGCAACACUUGAUUUCCCCAUAGUUACGGUUCCAGUCUUGUCAAAUAUAACGUGCUUGAUUUUUGUGGCCGCUUCCAGCGCUGCGCCACCCUUGACUAAGAUACCAUGUUCAGCCCCAACACCAGUUCCAACCAUGACAGCAGUUGGAGUGCUGAGACCGAGCGCACAAGGGCACGCGAAGACAAUGACGGAUAUACAGAUCUUUAGACAUACCAUCAACGUUCCUCCACUACCUUCGACCAGGAAGAUUUUGGGCGGGUGA